UGCCUGCAUCUUCUUUUAUGCUGUCUUCUUUAUUAAGGAAGCAUCCACUGCCUCAAGAGGUGCAGCUUCAGUCAGUCAGACUGCUGGUUGUUGUUAUUUUGCCCACAGAGUCCCGUAUGACUCAGGAUAUCUGACACAGGCCGGCUGCGCUGUAGUAAUGGCAGCACUAAGUGUAGGGUUACCGACCUGUUGUCACAGCGAUGUCGCUGAGCAACACCCCAAAACAUUAAAGACUACCAGAAACUCUGACCUGCUUUUGUGUCACCAGAGAGCAGCCAUUUGGCCAUUUCAGCACCCUGGACAGCAACAGUGAAGAGCUCCAGUGAAGUUUCGUUUCCUCUGAGACAUAUUGUCUGGCUUUAAGGGGGCUGAAUAUGGAUGGAUGCUUCACCAACACUGAGGAACCUAGGGACACGUCUGUGACCCUGAAAUACUUUGUUUAGAGGGAUGUUCAGGAAGAUUAACAAUGGGUUUCGUCCCAACCAACACGGACCCACAGGGCGGGAUGAGGGGGGGGUUCGGUCGGAGCAGGACUACCACAGCGCCUGCACCGUCCGGCUGGUCCGCAGCACCUCCAUGCUCGUGGUGGGAGAGAAAACUCAAGUCGUGAGCUCCACUUUGAAACGCAGCAAAAGCACAGUGAGCAUCGAGUCGACCUUGUACUACUAUCAGAGACGAGAGGACAGGAUUUGGCUCUACUCUCAGAAUCAGAACUGCCUGGAGUACCUGGAAGCACUUGUGGCUUUGAGACGGCAGUACACAAAGAGCGUGAGUGACUUCAAAAGUAAGGAUUCCAAGGCCACAGUGUCCUCCAAGAAGAAGCAUGCACCUCCUCCGCCUACUAAGGAAGGAACGAUAUCACGAGCCAAACCCACAGCGCCUCCCGUCCCCAACGUGGAGGACUCGCUGCAGUUCUUUGAUGCGGUCAUCGCCGGCUGUGACAGCGAACCUCUGAGAAAAUCGUAUAUGGAUGAUGGACACGCAGAUGUGGACUUCAUAGUGGCCUCCAGCUCUGCCGAACACGACCUCCACUCCAACUGGGUCCUACGGGUUCCUCGGGUCGCGGAUGACUCCAAGCAGAAGGAAGUUCACGUGUGUGCCAAGGAAAGUGUCUCUAAGAAGAAAAACAAGAGCGGGUCGACCAGCAGCAGACUGCGGCUGCAGAGGAACCCGAUCCAUCUGCCCAAAGUGGUGGAGAGCGCAUUCCAGACUCUGCGCUUCAAACCCAAAUUAAAAAAGCAGUGAAGCUUGAUGGACAUUCGAAACCACCGGCACUGCCACUCUGCUGACGAAGAGCUCAACCCAGUUUGUAUGGACCUGCACUAUGCUCUGCUCAAACUCCAUCCGGACAA